UUGGGUAAUCCCCGCAGUCCUAUGGAAAGAGAAAACCAAACAGGAGACAGAAACUUUCUCCUCCUGGGAUUCACAGAAGACUCUGACCUGCAGUCCUUCUUCUUUGGGUUGCUUCUUUCUAUGUACCUGAUCACUGUCACAGGUAACCUGCUCAUCAUCGUAGCCAUCAUAUCAGACCCCCACCUGCACAUGCCCAUGUACUUCUUCCUCUGCAACCUGUCCAUAGCUGACAUCGGCUUCACUUCCACCACCAUCCCAAAGGCUCUGCAGAAUAUCCAUACACAAAGCAAAUUCAUCUCUUUCACAGGUUGCAUCACACAGAUUUUUUUUUUCAUUAUGUUUGGAUGCCUGGACAAUUUACUCCUAACAAUGAUGGCCUAUGACCGCUUUAUGGCCAUCUGCCAUCCCUUGCACUAUGUGGUCAUCAUGAAUUCUUGCUUCUGUGUGAUGCUGGCUCUUGGAUCAUGGAUAGUCAGUGUCAUGAGUUCCCUGCCUGAGACCUUGACUGUAUUAAGGCUAUCCUUCUGUACAAACAUGGAAAUUCCACACUUCUUCUGUGAUCUUCCUGAAGUCCUGAAGCUUGCCUGUUCUGACACCCUUGUUAAUAACAUUGUGAUAUAUUCUAUAACUAUAGUCAUAGCUGGUUUCCCAUUCUCUGGGAUUCUAUUGUCAUAUUCUCGGAUUUUCUCCUCCAUCUUAAGAAUUCCUUCAACUGGGGGCAAGUACAAAGCCUUUUCUACUUGUGGGUCUCAUCUCUUGGUGGUCUUCUUGUUCUAUAGCAAUGGUCUUGGGGUCUACCUUAGCUCUGCAGCCACAUCAUCUUCUAGAAUGAGUCUCAUUGCCUCAUUAAUGUACAGCACAGUCACUCCCAUGCUGAACCCCUUCAUCUACAGUCUGAGGAACAAGGACAUGCAGAAUGCCUUGGGAAAACUCCUCAGAAAAAUCAUGCUUCUUGGUAAAGGGACCAAAGCAGGACUCCCAUAA